AUGGCACGAGUUCCUUUGAAGGGGAUAGUGGUGAUGCUUUGCUUUAUCUCGUCUCUAUGUGCAUGCAAAUUCAUUUUUGUUCGGAAUGCGGGCAUCUUAAAUCAAACAUCGUUGGAGCUCAGAUCCGGAGCCGCUGGGAAGCGAGGCCCAAAUAACUUUACAUCCGUCAUAUCUGAUUCACAGAGAGGCAAAAACGCAAGUGUAACGCCUGGUCAACACGCGACGUUGCGGCCAAAACUACCAGCGCUCGGAUGGCUCAAAAAUGUGGACUGGGUACCAGGCAUGGCAGGACCGAAAUUGGACAUCUAUGAUUUUGUAGUCAAUCCUGAGAAUACGUGUAAGGUAGGGAAUAUCACACUACUAAUUUUGGUGAAGUCGGCACCCUCUCAUUUUUCACGCAGAGAGGUCAUCCGGGAAACUUACAUCAGGUUUGUCCAGGAGAAUAGGAUGCCCGCCAAGGUGCUGUUCAUCUUAGGAAACCCAACGGCGGAAGCUGACCGGGAUCUCAUAAGAGAGGAGUCCAAACUACACGGGGAUAUUCUGCAGGUCGGUUUUAGAGACCAUUAUUACAACCUUACCAUCAAGCUCAUCAUGGGAUUCAAAUGGACCGUAAACUUUUGCCAUCACAGUGACUUUCUGAUGUCAACAGAUGAUGACGUAAUGAUCGACGUUGCCAACCUUGUCGAGGACUUGAAAACGCUACCGGAGUCUCGUACGAACUUCUGCCUGGGAUGGCCAACCUCCACUGCGCCGAUACGAGAUGUGAACAACAAAUGGUACUGCCCGGAAGAAAUGUUCCCAGAUGACAUUUACCAGGUGUAUCCAUUUGGUCAUGGUUAUGUGUUGUCGCAUGAUGCUGUAGCAAAAGUCUACGAUGCUUCAAAAGAACUGCCUCCAAAAACACCCUUUGACGAUGUUUACUGUGGUAGACUUUUGAUCUCAAGAGGCGUGGGUAUUGUUAACAGAGCGAACACCUUUAAGAGAAUUCAUCCUGGGAUACAACCCGGAGAUUACCUAAAGUGUGAACUGUCGGUGGACGAAAUGAAAAAAGUAUGGAAGUCGAUGGAACCUGUUCGGAACUAA